AUGCCACAACAGACAAGAUGCUCAAGUCAGAGAACUCAUCACGCAGCAAGGGUCAACUCAUACCAGCAAGUAUCUGAUCUCUUGACAAAAUUCUGGGUUCAAGAAGAAGUUCCAGAGACCUUAGCCAGCCAACUCAGCCCAGAUGAUCAAUCUUGUGAAGAUCAUUAUGUUACGACUCAUUCAAGAGAUCAAGAUGGGAGAUAUAUUGUGAGAAUACCACUCAAGGCAUCACCAUCUCUUCUAGGCAACUCAUCAGCGAGAGCUCAUCAGUGUUUACUACACAUGAUCAGACGACUCACCAAGAAUGACUCAUAUGCACAACUCUAUCACAACUUUAUGCAAGAAUACGAGUCACUGAACCACAUGACACGAGCCAAGGCAAGUCCAGUCAACUCUCCAGUGUAUUAUUUGCCUCAUCAUGGUGUCUUAAGAGAAGACAGUGUUACUACAAAGCUUAGGGUAGUAUUUAAUGGCUCUAGUCCAUCUUCUAGUGGUCUAUCAGUGAACGAUAUUCAACAUACUGGUGCCAAAGUCCAGAAAGACAUUGCAGACGUACUCAUUUGGAUCAGGCAGCAUAAAUUUGUGUUCACAUCAGACAUCACCAAGAUGUACAGACAAAUCAAAGUCCACCAAGAUGAUUGGGAUCUCCAGAGAAUCCUGUGGGUGGACGAGCACUCCAAGAUCAUCCCAUAUCAACUCACAACAGUCACGUAUGGUACCAGAUCAGCUCCAUUUCUGGCUGUUCGCACAAUGAUCCAGCUAGUGAAGGAUGAGGGUCAUAAGUUCCCUCUAGCUGUUGAUCCACUACUAAAAGGAAGAUAUGUGGACGAUAUUUUUGGAGGUGCUGACACCGUGAGUCAACUGAUAGACAUCUCAACCCAAGUCAGACAACUCUGCAUGGCAGGUGGCUUCCCGUUAGCGAAAUGGCACAGCAAUUCAAUCCAAUUUCUUCAAUCACUUACAGACAACUCAUCAGAAGAGCAGAUCCACUCAUUUGAGAGCAGCAAAACGAAAGUACUUGGGCUCUCGUGGAUUCCAGCGAACGACUCAUUUAAGUUCAUCUCAAAACUUCCUCGUGAGAAGUCCAAGCUCACGAAGAGAAUAAUUUUAUCAGAAACAGCACAACUCUACGAUCCACUUGGAUUUCUAGCACCUUUCAUUGUCAGAGCAAAGAUGUUGCUACAAGAAAUCUGGCUAGAUAAACUGUCAUGCGAUGACCAAGCCCCAGAUCACAUUAUCACCAAGUGGACCAGCUUCAGAUCAGAACUCUCACACGUUUCAGACCUCUCAAUUCCACGAUGGUUAAAGAUUACUCAGAAAUCAACCGUGGAACUUCAUGACUUUUCAGACGCCUCACAACUAGCUACGGCAGCAGUUGUUUAUAUUGCUACAUUGAAGAAGAUGUCUAUUCCUAGACUAGAACUCACCGCAGCAUUGCUGUUUGCCAGACUAAUCACUUAUGUAAGGAACAACUUAGACAUUCAGCCAACUCAAAUAAAGGAGUUUGUAAGAAAUAGAGUGUCAGCAAUUCAAGAUCUCACUCCAAUUAGCGUUUGGAGGUUUGUACCUGGCAAACAAAAUUCAGCGGAUUGUGCUGCUCGAGGUAUCAGCAUAUCCCAGCUUCGGAAGCACCCCCUGUGGUGGACAGGUCCACAGUGGUUAACAGCAGACGAAUCAUCAUGGCCAACUCAAUCAUCAGUGUACGAUUCAAAAGCUCAGCAAGAAGAGCGACCAGAAAUCAAGCAGAUCAACUCAAAUUCACUGCCCGUCUCACACCCCCUCGCACGAUUGACAGCAUUUAUUGACCCUCAAGGAGUCAUACGUGUUGGAGGGAGGUUAGCAAAUGCUAGCUUGGACCAAGAAGCAAAGCUUCCUGCAAUCCUAACACAGAAAACUCAUCUUUCCAGACUAAUCAUUGCAGAUGCACAUGAAAGAACAUUGCACGGUGGGACGCAGGCAACUCUGAACCUCAUACGAUCAUCAUACUGGAUCAUCGGUGGACGACUCCCAGUACGAUCCUAUAUUUAUCAUUGUAUGAAAUGUGCUCGUUCACGUGGCAAACGAGCGAAGCAGUUAAUGGGUCAAUUGCCGUUAUCAAGAAUCACUCCAGCCCGACCAUUUGCCGUCUGUGGUGUGGAUUAUGCUGGUCCCAUCACGCUAAAGACUUGGAAAGGCAGAGGCGCCAAAACAUCUAAGAGUUGGAUGUGCAUUGUUGUGUGCUUCGUUACAUCUGCACUACAUUUAGAGAUUGUAACAGAUUAUUUAGCAAACUCAUUCAUUGCAGCGUUCAGACGGUUCACCGGACGUCGAGGUGUCUGCAGAACUCUCCACAGUGAUUGUGGCACAACAUUCCAAGGCGCAGACACGCUCAUCAGACAACUCUUCAAGCAGGGGACUCAACAGGCCAGUCAACUCGCAGCUGUAUUCGCAAGGGAUGGAACUGAAUGGAGGUUUAAUCUACCAGCUGCACCACAUAUGGGAGGAAAAUGGGAAGCUGCAGUCAAAUCAGUAAUUAUGACAAUUAUAUGUCAUUUUAUCGAAUGUAAAAGCAAAAAAAUUGGCUAUGGCUGGGAUCGAACCCUUAUUGGCAAAAUAAAAGUCUGGCGCUCUGACCUCAGAGCUAGCAUACAUUCACCUGAAAUUCUAUAUUGA